UAUCAGAGUCCGCUCCGGGUUUUACUUUAUACCCAUUUUUCACUUCCGGGGAGUUCAUUGAAGUGUUUAGUGUAAACAACGCCUCAGGUACAACUUUUAAAGGCAAACAGUUAUCAAUAAUCGACAUGUCUAGUGACAGGGAUUCCUCAGAUGAAACGGACAGAAAUGAACUCCUUCCCAGUUUAGCAGAUUUGGAGAAAUGGUGUGUUAAGGACUUGAAAAAUUGGCUACAGGAAAGGGAUCUAAAAAGAAGUGGAUCAAAUUCCAUUUUGGCUAAAAGGGUCUACUGUGCACUACGUACUACAUGUAAUUCUGACUCAGACGAUUGUGAUUCCAGUUCUAUAUAUUCGAACCGCCAAAUAUUUAGUUCCAAGUACAGUGAGCUUGACUCCUCAUGGGAAACAGCAACGCAAGAUGUCUGAAAAGGGGGUUGAAAAUUACUUCAUGUUUCAUAAAGACCCCUUUUCUGCAAGAAAUGCCAAAUUUAUUCGCCAUUUCCAGAAAGGAAGAAAACUGUGCAAUGAAAAUUAUGUAAGCAACAUAAUGUACCAAUCUGAUUAAAACCAGAUCUUCAAUCCGCUCCUCUAUUCGCCAUGUCGCGUUGAAGAUCUGGCGAAAUGCUAUAAGGGGUCAUGUUCUGAUGAACUCUAAUGACGUUAGUUUCAGCCAAUCGUUAUCUUCCUAUUCAGCCAAUCAAUGAAUCGGCUCUAGAAUCUGUGGACUGCAUUCGGAUAUUUUCGACCAUUUCCGCGCGUUAAAAAAAUACGGAGAAAUCCAAUAUGGCGGCAUCCUAGAAGAACAAUGUUUACUACGACUGAUGCAUAAAAAAUGUUCCUAACAGCUGCCUGACACGUAUUCUUUGGAGAAAUUAGCAAUUGAAAUGGCAGCAUGUGAAGUUGGAACGCCUAAACGACUAUAUUGUCUGUCAAAUGUGUGUGUCUUGUGUUGUUUUUCAUUCAUUCAGACGGAAAUAACUUCUACUGGGCAACGCGUGGAAACGAAAUUUUUGAAGAAGAAAUUGAAGCUAACUGAUGAAAGGGUAAAUAAAAUUAAACUUGUGGUAGACAGUUUUGAGUUGGAUAGUGCUCGCGAUGAACGAAAUGGUGUCUGUCUUAAGUGUUUCAACAAGGUUGAAAGGGUUCUCCAUUUACAGGAAGAAAGGUGUAAACUGAAAACUGAACUGAAACAAUCACGUUCAAAAAUGGAACAAGUUUUCUUAACUUUGCCAUCUCCAAAUAAGAGAUCGUUUUCUCAAAAAAGGCUGCUUAGAUCGCCAAGUAUUUCUCAGCCACCUAAGCAAGUUAAACCAUUUCUUACGACAGUAGUUAUGAAGUCCCCAGUUCGGAUACCUCCUUUACAACAUGCACAGAUUCCAUUACCUCUAAGUCAACCAUGUGGGCAAGUGAUUUUGGUACCAACAGUUACAGAAUUGCCACCUGUACAGCCAGUAAUGCAACGUUUCAGUCUAUUAUCCCAGCGGGAAAAAACCCAGCUUUAUACCAAAGGAGAGCCAUAAGCAGAUUUGUAAGAUAAUCCAAAGGAACAAGAAUGUGGAGAAGUGCAUAGUUAAUAUCAUUUGCAAAUCACACCCAGACCUUGUUACAUCGGGUGCAACUGAUAUUGUAUCAAAGGAAUGUAAAGAUCUGUGUAAACGUGGUUCUGGUUCUGUGUUACGGGAAAAGUCAUAUGACGGCAUAUUUACUUUCAACUGGAACAAGUUUUAUGACGAGAUACACAUAAAGGCACCAAAUACCUUUAAGAUUGUAUCUUCUGCAAUCAGUGAUUUUACAGUAAUACCAGGACAAAAGAAAUUCCUGCAUUUGAUGCACUCAGUGGCAACCCUUUUACAAAGCAGAAAUGUUGAGAUGUCCUCACUGCACUACCAGAUCGGGAUAAUCCUUGCACAUGGAGGAUGUAAAAAAAGGGAUAUUGAGAGACUUUCAAAAAUUGGUCUUUGUACAUCAGAGCGAUCCGUUCAGCUGAAACUAUCAUCCUGGAUGGAUUUUCUUGAUUUGGAAAUCCAAGAGAUAAAGAAGGGGUGGAUUGAAGGCAAUCCUGUGAAAUAUCAGAUUAUAGGUGACAAAUGGGACAAAAAUAUUCUUCCAUCGUACAGAACCACUCAAAAUAAGACCAUUUCUUUGCAUCUCUUUAAUGCUAUAGUGGUGGUGGAUAGAAUCACACCACUGGUACAUGUAGAUGACAAUUACAGAAAUUUAGAACCAGCUGACUUCAUACCAUCAACACAAGAACAAGAAUUACUUUUAAAGGAACUUGCAUUUAUUGUGGCAACAUCUCUAAUUAGUAACUUGGAUCAACUGCAGGAAGUGUUUGAAGCAAUAUAUCCAAAACACUUGCAACACAAGUACAUCAAUCAAGUUGGAGAGAAAACAAAACAAUUUCCUAUCGGAUUAUUUGAUUGUAACGAGACCAAAACUGCAGAAGUCAUCAGACUCUUGAAAUACCUGACUGAGAAAUAUGUUCCAGUACAGGACGGGAAAAUGGUAGAAGAGGUUUUUUUUGGAGGAGACCGGUUGACAGAUGAAAAAAUUCAAGGGGCUCAGCAAGCUAUGCGGAAUGCUGCAACAGAACUCCAACGACUUGAAGGGUUUAUUUCAAAGAUUGAGGAUUGGCAUCGCAUGAUGAAUUUUAUGGAGGCUAUCUGUAAAUUAACAUAUAAUACAACUUCACAAAGAGACAGAGGUACAGCUCACUACUUCAGGAACAUGCUGAAUGCCAGAAAUGUGAAAGGAGAAGUAAAAAAUUCCUUUCGAGCGUACAAACAUCUAUACUAUUCCAUUUUUGAUGGAAUAUGCUGCAUCUUAUUCCUGAAUGAAUUUGGUGUGCAUAAUUUAGAAGAAGAAGUAGAAUUUCCAACAGAUUUUCAUCAGAAAAGUGAUGUGGAUAAAGUAUCGUGGUUGAAUGAUAUAUGUGAAACUAUUGUUAAGAAAUGGUUUUUUGAGGACAGUGAUGAUAUUUGUCAAGAAAUACGUGACGUAUUUGAAAACCCGGAUCACGAAGAAAAUUACUAUGUGGUCAAUGCAAAUGAUGGUCGAUUUCCAUGUCAUUUUUGUGAGAAAUCUUUCUCCUAUGUAGGCAGCCUGAAAUCACAUGAACAAAUCAAACAUCAACAUACAGUCCAGCCAAUGAAGAGGAAACCCAAAGUGAAAAAUACUGAAGAUGAGCUGUAUAAUUAUAUGUGUCUUCUGUUUAAGCUAACAGCUUUACUCAAGAACCUAGACACAGCUAUUGACAUGGCAGAUGGUCAUAGAUCCGUUCGAUCUUGUAAAUAUGAGCUUCCGAUCUUUCAUAAAACGCAUAAAACUAAGUAUGUUAUUGGGUGCAUCCAUCUUACAACAUUAACUGAGGAGAUUCUUCCGGAGCAGCAACGUGAAAGACUUAUUUCAAAUCGAUGUGUAAAUAUUCAAGGGGGAACAAACCAAAAUAUUGCAUUGGACGAAUACUUGGAGAUGCUGAAUAGGGACAGCAAAGACAUUGCAAAAGGAAAUCAAACAAGGAAAGCAUAAUUUCCCACUCAAAGCAAUAUCCACAUUUAAUUAAUUAUGUGAAACAUUUUGACAUUAUCGCAGAGCUGAAAGCAAGAAAGGGUUUCCAUAAAUUGCCUGAAUACAAAGCUGAUGUUCACAAGGUAGUCAAAGAGCUCAUAGAAAUUGAAGCUUUGAGAAAUAAACUUAAUCGGAAAUUAAACUGCACACAGCUGUCCACAAACAGAAAUCCAUUUCUGAAUUGUUGCCAAGGGUUGGCAACAAUGAUUCGGAGACAUAAACCGAUGCUACCAUAUGGACGUUUACGUAAUAAACGAUUCUAAUUAUAAAUAAAUAUGAAAGCCGCAA